AUGAGGGCGUCCAACACUCCGCCGUUCCGCGACGGAGUGAGAUCCUUCUUCUCAACCCACGCGCGCGUGACUUUCCCUGCUUCGACGCUUUUCUCGAGCCUGAUGAUGUGGAAGACCCUCCUCAGGCACGGAGAUUCGACGGACGGUCCAGAUCUAUCCUCUAGACUCCUCUCCCUCGAAAUCGUGGAGGAGGAUGUAACCAGAUCCUCUAGAUCCAUUUAUUGUGACCACUGCCAAGUCGUUGGUUGGAGUAGCAAUCCAGUGUGUAGAAAGAGGUACCACUUCAUCAUAAGGUCAGGAGGAGACAGUAAGACCCUCAACAUUGGGCUGCAAAAGGCUUGCUCGAGGUGUGGUAAUACACAAAACCUGUCCGAAGGAAACAAUUGCAAGUGGUGCAGCUUGGCUCUGGACACAGAGGACUGGGUUUUCUCUCAGCUAGAAGACACCACUCACCUCCUUCACGGUGUUAUCCACUCAAACGGUUACGCACACCUCUUGUCACUCAACGAUAGAGAAGGCGGCUCUGGUUUUUUAGCUGGUCGUGCCAUUAUGGACUUUUGGGACAGGCUUUGUACCUCGCUCGCUGUUCGGAAGGCGAGUGUGAUGGACGUGUCGAGGAAAUAUGGGAUUGAUUACCGGUUGCUUCAUGGGAUGACUAGAGGUUGUUCGUGGUACAGCGAGUGGGGGUAUGAGUUCAAAUCCGGGAGCUAUGCACUUACAAGAGAAGUGUACGAGAGUGCACUGAGUACUUUAUCUGCGAUGCCUCUCUCUGAGUUUAUGUUCCAGGGGAGGGGUCCAAGAACUCAGCUUCAUUCCACUAUUGGCUUCUACCAAUCGCUCUCGUGUUCAGAGCUUGUGACCGUGAGAGACCUUUUUUCCUUUCUGGUACAGCUGAUUCGUGAGAACCGAUCGAGACCCACAACGAAGAAGUCGUCUGUACUGUGUGCUUGGACUAGGAGUGAUGUAGAACGUGUACAGCAAGCCAUGGUUAAGAUACUGAAAGCUGCAGUAGGUCAACGAGGCAACUGGGGGGUUUUGUCUGAUGAUGGAUCACAAGUUGUCUGCUCUCAUUGCAAUUCUGGUUCAAACGACUUUGAGUACAGGCUUGAACCUGUCAACAAUGUGCACCGCUUAUCUAAUCAAGACAUAAAUUAUGCACCAGAGGAGCAAAUCAAAUGCGACUUAAGAUAUUUGUAUGACACUUUAUUGAACCCACAAACCAUGGCCGAGUUCAGGUCUCAUGCAACAAGAGAUAAAAUGAUUGAUGCAGCAACAAAGAUUCUUGAUUGUAAGCACUUCAUAAAAGAUUACCUUUUUGGGAAGCUUAACCCCUUUGGAAUCAACCUCUGGUGCCACGUUGAGCUCUCGGAUGAGUCCAAAGAUUGCCCAUCCCCUCCACCUGAACUUUUGGUUUUGCCUUUGAGCGCCACUGUUUCCGACCUGAAAUCGAAGCUGCAAAGGCUUUUCAGGAAGUUUGACACGAAUGGGGUCACACGGGUUAAUGGGAGAUGCUCAUCAAAACACGGGCUACUCCGAUACCGCAUAGAGAGAGGAGUGGAGAACUGGAAAGUUGAUUGGAAAUGUGCUGGGAUCGAGAACUCCGAUGAACUACCUUCCAAGUUCCAUUGUUUCAGAUGCAAUGAUUUGUAUAGCAAGAGACCAAAGCUAUCUGAUAACGAGCAUGGUGCUAGUCAAGUGCCCAAAACUGGAUUUGUUUGUAGAGGUUUAUUUCUAGGCACAAAAGCGCAAGUGGCUUAA